AUGACAUUCUCUUGCUCAGCUGUGACGCACUUGAGGACGGCGGAGUUCAAGCCGUAUGUGGUGUUUGUGAAGCCUCUCAUCUCAGAAAAGAAAAAGAAUGCCCCAGCGUCUCUCCUGACGGAUGAAAUUUUUGUCCCGCUUGAUGAAGAGCAGCAAGAAAUGCUCAGCUCGGCUGCCUUCAUCGAAGAGCAGUACGGCCACCUGAUUGACACUGUCCUGGUGAAGGAAGAUCUGCAGAGUGCCUGCAGCCAGCUGAAAACCAUCCUGGAGAAACUGAACACAGACUCUUUCUGGGUGCCAGUCUCUUGGGUCAGGUUGUAGUCUGCUAUGCUUUGCCAAAGAAAGAACGAACAAACGAAAGAGAAUGAGAUAUACCUGUUUGAUAAUGCGCUGCAAAUAAUGGGGAUGAUCAAAAGGAGUAGGGGAAAAUGGAACUCUGCUGGAGCAGCCAGUUUGCUUGGGAUGAAAACAAAGAGAAACCUUCCUCUGUGUGGGAGCAGAUUCUAAUGCAAUCGGAAAAAACACACGUUGCAAUGGAAUGGAAAAGCGCCGCAGGAUGCAAUCCAGAGAUUUUUCUUUUGUAUGCCACUGGACAAUAGUCAUGUCAGAUUCCAGGUGUCUGGACAGAAGCCUUUAGCUUUUGGGAAACUUGCAAUUGUGUUUGUUUGUUUGUUGUUUGUUUGUUUGUUUGUUUGCAGUAUUUCUAGGUUGUGCUGUAAUGAAGAUCUUAGGGCUGCUCACGACAAAAAUAAUGAUAACAGGAUGAACAAAGAAGCAUAAAUGCAGUGUAAAAAAAAAGGCUCCGUAUGUGGUGGUUCCAGGCAAAGACUGCAAAAAAUGUUAGGAAGAACACACAAGCUCGGUUUUUCUGUUGAUCACUGCAAUCUUGGAUGGAUAAAUUCAGUGAAAGAGUUAAGUUCAUGUAACAAAAUAAGGUACUUUUAUUUGUUCGUUUAUUUACUUCUUAACCAGGCUAGAACUGGGAGAGCUCCUAUUCAGAUGGUAAAAGUUGGUGCUUUUUUGUGAAAGGCAAAAUCUCCCAGGGCAAAUCAGCAAGGCUCUUAACUUUCUGCCUGAAAAACGAACCAUGUUAUGUAACCUAAAUAUAGCCCCAACUAUAGCUAACUAUAUUUUGAGCAGUCAAAGACCAUCGGGGAUUGUUUCUGUCCCUCCUAUUGUAUUUGCAAGUUGCCCUAAAUAAUGGACUAAGAAUUGUGUUUGAAGCACGGGAAACUUUCCAUCUUUCUAACCGGAAAAAACAACUAUUUGGAAAUAAAAUCCCGAAUAAACAAAUGGCUAGGGGGGUAUAUAUGCAGGGAUGUCCCCAGAAUAUGGGUUUUCAUGGCAGCCCCACCCCCCACACUCCAAAAAAUCCAUGCAGAUUUUAUAUUCCAGUGUAAUAAUAUUUCCAUGUGUAUUUAUUUGUAAUAAUAAUUCCCAUAGAGGAAGACUUUCCAGUAGAUCUUCCUGGGGCUGUUAAUGUGUGUCAACCAAAACCUUUAUCGUGAACUUUCCAUUUAAAACUCAAGUUCUCAGUAUACUUAUGAUUUAGACCAGUGGUCUUCAACGUUUUCAGACCCAAGGCCCACCAGAUGCAUUGGGGGGGGCCUAUUUCUUUAUUAUUAUUAUUUUUAACCAUUUUUUAUGGUGGUAGUGCUGCUGUCACGACCCACAUUAGAUCAAUCUGUGACCUAGUACAGUCGUACCUUGGAUCCCGAACGCCUUGCGAGUCAAACGUUUUGGCUCCUGAAUGCCGCAAACCUGGACGUGCGUGUUCCGGUUUG